UGGAAACCAUGAUGAUAAAACGAUUUGCUGAGUUUGAAGCAGCCCUACAGACAGCCUCUCCGCAGUGUGACACAAUUGAAGCUUUAAGUGCGGAGCUGCAAAAAUUCAAGCAGUUGACUCUAGGUAUGGUAACGGCUAUCAAUGCACAAAUCACAGCACUAAGCAACAGCAUCGACCACAUUGAAAUGCGUCACCGGCGUAAAUAUCUGCUGUUCGCGGGCGUUCCGGAGGCCUCGGGCGAAAAUGUGGCCGAGACAAUUUCCGCCAUAUGCCAGGACAGACUGCAGCUUGCGGAGGCUUCGUCGUCGUCCUUCUCCGUGUGCCACAGGCUUGGUGCUGCUACCGCGGGGCGUACUCGGGUUAUUUUGGUGCGCUGCAACAACCCAGCAGUCAAAGAUGCGAUUUGGAGGAAGAAGACUGCGCUUAAGGGAUCUUCUGUUGUUGUAUCGGAGUACUUGACACGUGAACGGCAAGCCGUAUUUCUCGAAGCCCGUAAGCAUUACGGCAUGCGUAGUGUCUGGAGUUUGGAAGGUACUAUUUUCGUCAAGGUCUCGGCCGGCAAGACGCGUCGGGUGGUUACGGCGGAGCAGCUGCGUAAGCUGGUCAGCGAGUGCCCACCUCCCGCCCCACAAGAAGCUGCGACGACCAGUGGCACGGCUGCAGCCGCUACGGGCCUUGAUGAUGAUAAGGCUUCAAAGAACGCCAGCGUCACGAUGACUCGUAGUACGAGGCGAGCCAAAACAAAUUUGAAAUAAGCCCAUAUUCAUUGCGGUAGUGAUUAAUUUUUCUGUUGUUCUACGUGUACCCUUUUCUUUCAAUUUCUUUCUUGCAU